CGGCGAGGCCCGAGCCCCGGCGUAGCCCUGCAGCCCUAGCCGCCCACCGCCUCCCGCAAUGCGCCUCCUCCUGGUCCUCGUCCUCGCCGCGGCGGUCGUCGUCAACGCCGCCGCCGAGUCCGUCCUCCGCUCCGUCACGGACGUCCCCGCCGCCGCGUCCUCGGGCGCCGCGGACGCCGACGCGCUCUUCUGCGACAGCUGGAUGCUGUCGGUGGAGACGGGCAACGCGGGGCCGUGGCGCCAGGUGCCGGCGCGCUGCGGGGCCUCCGUCCGCGCCUACAUGGACGGCGAGCGCUACGCGUCCGACUCCGCCGUCGCCGCCGCCGAAUCCCUCGCCUUCGCCUCGCAGGCGUUCGCGUCGGGCGAGGGGGGCGCCAAGCCGGCCUGGGUGUUCGACGUCGACGAGACGCUGCUCUCCAACGCGCCCUACUACGCCGAAAGCGGAUGGGGAGCCACCCAAACAUCAGUGGAGUCUCAUCUUUCUGCUCAAACUUCCCAAUACGUUGAUCCGUCACCGGCAAUUCGGAGUCACGGUGAAGCAAUCUCCAGUUUCUUAGCACCUGGAGUGGUGGAAUUCAAUGAAACCUCAUUUGAUGCAUGGGUUGACGUAGCGAAGGCACCGGCAUUACCAUCUAGCUUGAAACUGUACAAUGAACUUCAAGGACUUGGUUUCCAUAUUAUCCUCUUGACUGGCCGAAGUGAAUCACAGCGUAAUGCUACAGAAGAAAAUCUCUUGUUUGCUGGCUACCAUUCAUGGGAAAAACUCAUACUGAGGCAACCCUCUGAUAUUGGCAAGACCGCUGUGCAGUACAAAUCGGAGAGACGAGCUGUGAUGGAAGUGGAAGGAUUCAAGAUACUUGGUAACUCUGGGGAUCAGUGGAGUGAUUUGAUAGGACUGCCAGUGUCAACCAGAUCCUUCAAACUUCCAAAUCCGAUGUACUAUAUCAGUUGAUUUUAUCCACGACACUGGAGAAUAUAGCCACGCUUGUCGUACAAUAUUCCUACCAUUUAUAUGGCCCCAGUCUCCAAACCUCUUUAAUUUGGGGGUCUUAAUUUUCAUUACCAAUGGGCAAUGGUGGAGUUAUGUUCAAUCAUGUAGGUAGCUGGGUUGAGUACCAGUAAAUUUGCCAAUUUAUGGGAAUCGAUCUUUUGCUCAAAAGUGUGUAAUUUCCUGUGUAUUAUAUGAAGAUGCAAAUUUUAAGAUGUCCCGCACAUUGCACUAUCCAUA